AUGUUGACACCGCAAGAUUCGGAACGGCCGACGCAGGAGACGCCUCUUUUAGGCUCGCGUCGCCACGACGCUAUCCCGGACGCCUCUCCUGCGCCUUUGUCACACGCUCAACUGCGCCUUCUGAUCCUCGUGUGCAUCUCGAUUGUCGCAGCUGACUUUGGUAGCUCCCUCACUUUGGCUCCUCAAAUUUCGAUCUUCGAAUCGCUUAUAUGUCGCCGAAUUGGGACCGGUGAUAACUGCAAGUCUCCCAAAGUUCAAGGGGAAUUGGCAUUUCUGAUCGGUUGGAAGGAGACUAUUGACCAGUUGCCUGGAAUUGUCUUUGCCUUACCAUAUGGCCUCGCGGCGGAUCGAAUAGGCCGCAAGCCCAUUCUUGUGCUCUGCUUGAUCGGUCUAAUACUAGAAGAGUUUACCACGCGUUUGGUCUGUUGGUGGAAUGUGGCCCUUCCCCUCAGGAUGAUAUGGGCAACGCCUGUGUUUCAGCUCAUUGGCGGUGGACCUCAGACGGCAACAGCCAUGGCCUAUGCUAUGAUUACGGAUGUGGUUCCAAUGGACCGGCGGGCAUCCAUAUUCUACACAAUAGCAGCUGUAAUACUUCUAGGAGAAAUACUUGCCACCCCUAUCAGUGCCAUUCUCAUGACGUGGAGUCCAUGGGUUCCUUCAUUGCUAGGGAUAGUCUUCCAGCUAGGGGGGCUAUUGGGCGCAGCUUUAGUUUCCGAGACACGACACGACUCAAAGUCAAACUCGGAGCAAGAAGCUGAUUCAGAAGUAAUUGUGCAUAAUAGUGUGGAAGCCGAAAUCGAUGAUGACGAGCCUGAGUACCACAGGUCCGGGUAUCGGCGAGUGAAGCAGACAGUGACAGGAUACUGGGAACACAUCCGGACCACCCACAUGGAAGGCUGGGAUCUGAACAUGGCUUUCAUCGUAUUUGCAUUCCUACUCGCCGGCAUCAGCAAGCAGGCCUUUCAGCUGAUCAUUCCAUACGCCUCGAAGCGCUUUUCAUGGAGUAUCGCACGCGCCAGCUUCCUCAUUACAUUGAAGGGAGUUAUCAACCUUGUCAUUCUACUGCUUAUUCUUCCUCGGCUGUCUACAUGGCUGAGUAGACAGAUGUCCUGGUCUCCGGUGCUCAAGGACCUCCGUGUUGUACAGGGAAGUGCAUGGAUUCUUACUUCAGGUACGGUUCUCAUGGCUUUUGCCACCAUUCCGGAGUUGUUCAUUUCUGGUCUGUGCCUGUUUGCACUUGGCUGGGGCUUCUACUCGGCGCUGCGGAGUCUGGCCACAGCAUUGGUUUCUCCAUCUCAGGUGGGAGUGUUGAACACAGGUAUCGGUUUCGCGCAAAGCUUAGGCUCGCUUGUCGCAGGGCCAAUUCUAGCUGCAGCAUUUGGAAGCGGCCUGCGACAAGGUGGCAUCAGCAUGGGCUUGCCAUAUAUGGUAGCUGCAGCAUUGUUCUUUAUGGCAAGUUGUGUGACUUAUUUGGAUCUCGUCUUCGCAGACGUUCUCCAUAUCUGA